AUGAAUAUGUGGACGGAUAGAACGGUGGCGCGGGAGCCCGUGCGCUACACCGCAGCAACCAUGGAGAUGAUGCGACUUGAGGAUUUGCACCACACAAAAUGCGGAGUAAAUUACGCCAUGGACCACUCACAUGGUAUAGUUGUAAGUGUUGCAUGUUGACAAAGCACAUCUACUGUGAUGCUAGAACGCUGCAUACGAAUACGAAACUUUGACUUUUUCCAACUCACGCUCAUACUCAAAAAAAAAUUUCAAUUUGCAUUCCAGGUCACCUUGCGCAGGGUAUCCACCGCACUUACUUCGCGAACAAGGAGUGGGUCGCCAAGGAUAGCAAGAAGGCCGAACACAUCCAGAAUAUGUGGGAGAAGGACCCGGAGGGGCAGAGAAGGAGGCUACUUCGGCGGGCCGAGAAGAACCUGUUUCCACCUUACGCUUGGGAGGGGAAUGAAUUUUUCGGACACAAGGAAACCAGCUGUUUCGCCUACGUAAAUCAACGAGGGAAGCACCGGGCGGAAUUGACAGGUAUUAACUACAGGGGGGUUUAUCAUUUGGCGCUGCUAGUGCUAGAUUGUGACGAUCAAAACGUGUCGCUGACAUGACAUAUCAACUCACAUUCAUUUUCUUGUUAAGAAAAUGAAAAACGCAAAAUAAAAAUCCAAAUUAGGUAUUGACGUCGAGGGGAGUCAUCCAAUUUUGGCGAGCAUUGGGCCGGGGAAGAAGCGGUUACUGCACAACGAAUACGCCGCUAGACCAAAACUGCCACGAACACGUAUAGCAGGGAUAAACUCGAAUGAUUUCAACAUGAAAAAGAGCGUGACAAAUGUAUAUGUUUUUAUUCAUCAGCUUCAGCCGCCUCUAAUCCGUCAUUUUUUAUUUUAUACAGGACAAAGACGAAAACGAAAAGCAAAAGCAUAAGUUCGAAAGCAGCUUUUGCACACCACGCCCUCGAAUCCCAUAAAAACAGAAUCCUACUCUCCCCGCUACGCCUUGAAAGAAGCGCAGAGACCCGCAAGCGUAGCGAGCACGCGGCCGAAAAACAUACGAAGCGCGGACUUUGUCGCUGGAGACGCAAUUUCCGACGUGGCAUCCCGGGUAGCAGAGAAGGUGAAAGCACUGUCGAGAUCAGGAAGCUCGUCGGCGGCAAGCAGUAAAUUAGCGUUUUUUUAGAAUUAGAAGAUUGUCUGAGCUCAACUUGGAAUUCGAAUGUCAUGUGUCGUGGUUUUUGCCUAUGUUGUGGUAUCAAAGGUCUUUUUCUCUGCAUGCAUCCAUGUCAAAACAGCACUUUGUAAGCGCGCUUGAUAGUUUCAUGGCACAAAACAACGCAAAAAAGCAAAUUUCAGCAGAAUACACAACUGCACGUCUUCAACAACGCAGGUAGCCGCCGCGCACAAAGUGCAUCCUCUGUGGGUUCAAGGGCGAAGGCGAAAAAGUAGAAAUGGAAUCACUUCGAGAAGGUUCCUCUCUGUGUCGUCCCGUACUCUCGUCUCGCUCGCAAAGAUCUUCAAUAGCUCACAGUAAAAAUAAAACUCAAAGCCUAGUUCAAAACAAUUUCCGAUUCGUAUUAACACUAAUUCACAAAGCCAAAGGAGGCAACAAGUUGUAUCUGUUGCUAUUCUGAUAAAUUUAUGUGCUGUAACAUUAUACGAAGAAAAAGCUCUGCUUCUGUAUCUGUUGGCAUGCCGUUUGCAAUUAUGUCGUAAAAAUGUCAUGCAGAAGAUGGCGGGUCAUCGUCAUUCUCAUUGCACGUCCUACGCCUACUAACCUAACCUCGAGAACAGAAUAUCACAUUUGUACCUUAAGUCGCGACAGCUUGAGCUGUAUCUACCACUACCGCUAAAAAAAAUGCCUAAAGAGCGUCGACGACCUUGAUGUAGUCGUGAUUGGCAAGAGUCACAGUUUGGCAGGAGUUUGUACACCAGGACCAGCAGCAGGCAAAUGAUCAAAUGCAUCGUUCUUACUACAUCAACUACAACAAUCUGAACGAGUAGCGGACUGUCUAUGCUGGUGGAAGAUAUCCUGAUUACGCGACCCGCGCCUGCACCUGGUGCUGCUAAAAAUUACAAUUUCCACCAGCUGCAAUACGUUUUGGAUCCCAAAAACUUCUUUUGCCACCUAUUUCAAGGUUUAUUGUACAAAACUGCUAGAGUUUUCCUUUUCUGUUGAGUAGGGCAGUUGCGGAGAACUAUAAAUCACUCUUCUGUAGAAGACUUGUAAAUUUGUGCUUAUUUCACAGCUUGCUGUCCUUGUAUUUGCCAAUCUUAACAAUUUGACAAUAGCGUCUUGCAGCUACCUUGCGCUCGUCGUGAAGGUUUCACCGAACAAAAUUUGCAAAUGUAGGAUGUUGAUGAGAAAAAUAACCUGUAUGAUCCGCUCCUGCAGAGAUGAAAGAAAGCACUUCGUGAAAGAAGACAGAGUGGCCGCUGCACGUCCUCGAGGCGGAGAUGUGGAAGUUGUACGCAACGAAGAGAACCUCCCG